AGUUAACAAUCGGAACCGUCCGGAGCCGGAGAUACUCGGAAGUUGACGGUCGGAACCGUUCGGAGAUACUCGGAGCCGUUCGGAGCAGCUUGUGCGCACCAACUAACUACUAGUCAUAAUCAGAGACAACAAAUCCGACGUCAGCUACAAGUGGUGUUAACAUUGCGGCAACAGCCAAUUAAAGAUUCUGAGAGAAACGACCGCAUCACAGCUUGAUUUCACCAUGGUAACAUGGAGAUUAAACUCAUCUACGAAUGACGCUGGUGACGUCAACAACACGUCAUAUCCGGUGAAAGAAAUCCUGACUCCUGAUUGGUUGACAGGUUUGACGGUCACGUGGCUGAUCCUGUCACUCUUUGCCGUUACCAUGGGCAACGUCAUCGUCAUGUGCGUCAUCGUAAGAGAGGACACGUUACACAAGGCUCGGUACUGGUUCCACUUUAACCUAGCAGUGACUGACUUACUCCAAGGCGUCAUUACUAUCCCUACAGCGGUGGCAAGCUUGGUUAACAACGAGUACAUUUCAGGUGACGGCUGGUGUCGUCUGCAAUACACGGUUCUCUUCAUGUGUUUUCAAGCAACUCUUUUCACCCUGGUUGACAUUGGACUUGAGAGAACGCAUGCUAUAGUUCGGCCACUUCAACAUAACAGUGUCGCAACUAAUGUAAAAACUUUAGUGAUGAUAAUAAUCAAUUGGACGUUGAGUUUUGUUGUAGCAAUGACUGCUCACAUACCAUCGCUGUAUCCAGGGGAGCUCAACAUUGACCAAACCACGAUAGUCUGUUUCAUACGGGAGUUCGUCAGCGACCAACAACUUUCGAAUGGUUUUGGCCCAAAACGAACCUUCCCUAUGCAACUUUUGAGAACGGGCUUGCCUGCUGUUUGCAUUGUAAUCAUUCUGAUAUGCUAUUGUGUUGUUUUCUGGGAGGCGCGUAAACAACAGGUAAACAUAAACAACAAUCCCAACCACAGGAAUAUAUCGAUCUUCAAAACCAACGCGUUUAAAACAAUUUCUCUUCACAUGGUUGUUGUUACUAUCUUUGUAGUCGCUUGGGUCGCACAGUUUGUAAGCGGGGUUAGGCUUAAAACGCGGGAGGAUCUGACAGUGGGUUUGGUGAUCACCCAUGAGACUUUUAUCGUGCUAUUUUUGACGGUACCGUCCUUCAGUAACCCCCUAGUGUAUAACUUCCGUAGUGAGGAGUUCCACAGGGCGUUUCUAAAACUCUUUGGUCUGUCGGUUCCUCAGAUCGCCCCCCUUCCCUAAGAAUGGAAUGAGUCUGAUAGCACCACCUACCUCCAUGGUCUGUCAUUGGCCAAACCAAUAAUUGCCAUGCUGUCAUUGGUCAAACUGAUAAUUGUGAUGGACAGUCAGAAUUAGUCUUUUACUUAACAUGAGGGUAUACUGUAUCUGAUUUCAUACAUAUUUUACACACUAUAUUAAAAUUAAGGCCCUGUACACAAAUUAUAGCAGACAUUUUGCUUCCAAUUAAUAUGUUGUUAAAGUGUUUUAUAUCGUAAAGUUACAAAUAUAUAAAUUUGUCAUAUUUACCUUUGAGAGGAACAUGUCAGAAGCAAAAGAUUAUCUUAUAUAGAAAAUGUAAAUGGUUAUUUUAGUACAAUUGUACACUAUCA